UUAUUUUGAUGAAUUGUGAAAAUUACGUUGCUCGAAAUCAAAGAAAAGUAUCAGGAAUCCAAAAUAUGUAAAGAGAAGCUAGUUUGAGAUAUAGGUUCCAUAUAGAAUUAGGACUAGCAGAUAUCGCAUGUAAUUAAUUACAAUGGGAAACUUCUUCUUCAAGCUCGACAAGCACGCUCUCUUAUUGAUCUUCUAUCUUGUUCUCUUUUAUCUUGAUCUUCCUCUUCCGGUCAACUCACAGCACCAAAGAAAUUCUUCACAUGCAGCUGAUUCAGAAACAAUAAUAAAAGCAAGUGCAAUAGUAUCAGUGGAUAGGAGGGGUGGCGGUGGCGGUCACGGAGGUGGCGGUCACGGAGGUGGCGGUCAUGGAGUUGGCGGCCAUUCCGGCAGUGAUGGGCACGGGAGUAGCAAGGGAAUGAAUGGUGAUCAUAGUAAUUUGCCCAUUCCUUUAUAUGGCGCAGCUGCAGGUAGUGCUGGUUACCGCAACAACGACCAUCAUCAUGGUACAAGUAAUGGUAUUUUGAAUUCUGUUUAUUUUUACCAUUAUUUUCUUUUGUUUAUUCCAAUUGUUACAUUGUUCGAAAUCUCAAAAUUGCAUAUAAAUUCUAAUUAAUUAAGUAUGGCACACAUCAUCAUUGAAUGGUAGCGUAAGAGAUGUAAUUUUUAAUAAGACGACCAGUUUUUGGUUGAGAAAGCUCUCACAUUCAUUGGGAGUAAUUAUUUUCUUGUUAGGGUUGUCCACCAACUACGACGUCAAAGAAAAAAUUACUAAGAUUUAUUUAUAUUAAAGUUUUAAAAUAUUUAUCUUAUUUUUUUAUUAGAUACUAAUAUUAUGGAAAAAAUUUCAAAUAUCUUUAAGUAAUUUUUAACCGUUAAUCUUAAUAACGGUUACACUAUUAUGAUGUAAUGAUGUAUUGUACCUCUCCUAGCGUUAGGUAGCAGCUACCACCUGU